AUAGGAUAUCAAAUUUGUUUGUUCAAGGGACUCUUAAGCAGGAAAGUUGCGCUGAAACCAUGGUCUUGCUGUCAUCCACGACUUAAGGUGGACAGAAAUAUAGGUGGCAGCUUCUUCUGAUCACCAUCCAUUGCAAUACCCUAAGGACGAAAUCUUCCGGGAAAAUAAGACAAAAGUGGUGGCUCCCUCCUCCCUCUUUCUUUGAUUGGUUGGUUGUCUUUCCCCGUCGCCCUCUGCCUCCUAACAACCUUCGUCCAAGAAGACCGCGCAAGAGUGGCCUUCUUCCCUCCGGUCUCGUGCUGCCGUCGGACGAAGCAGGAGGAAGAUGGGGAAGAAGGCUUCGUAUUCGCCAGCUAUGAGCGACUUGGACGCUGGCCGAAGAGGCCCGUGGGUGGCACCGUGCCCCCCGCCGCCUCAGGAGACGUGGGUGGCGUGGUUGGUGCCCCUCAUCGCCCUCGCCAACAUUGUCUCCUUCGGCUACACCAUGUAUGUCAACGACUGCCCCUCCACCCACCGCCUCGAGGCCUCCGAUUGCGUCUUCCCUUCCCUUGGCCGAUUCGCGUUCGAGCCCUUCUCCAUCAACCCGCUCCUUGGUCCCUCCCUCUACACGCUUGAUAGUUUGGGGGCUCUUGAUUACAAUAAAGUAGUAGUGGAAGGUGAAAGAUGGAGGCUUCUUGCCUGCAUAUGGUUACAUGCUGGGGUUAUCCAUUUGCUUGCUAACAUGUUAAGCCUUCUAUUCACGGGCGUUCGUCUUGAACAGGAAUUUGGAUUUGUGAAAAUUGGAUUACUAUAUGUCCUUUCUGGCAUUGGUGGGAGCUUGAUGUCCUGUUUCUCUAUUCAAUCAAAUAUAUCAGUUGGUGCAUCAGGUGCACUUUUUGGAUUGUUAGGGGCAAUGCUGUCUGAGCUGAUCACAAAUUGGACAAUUUACUCUAAUAAGUGUGCAGCACUUUUGACUCUAAUGGUCGUAAUUGCUAUUAACUUGGUGGUUGGAGUUGUUCCUCAUGUGGAUAGUUCUGCCCAUAUUGGAGGAUUUGUUUCUGGUUUUCUGCUUGGUUUUGUGCUUCUAAUGCGUCCUCAGUUUGGGUGGAUCAGCCGUAGGCACAUCCCUCCAGGUUAUAACAUGGAACUCGUUAGACCAAAGCACAACUUGUGCCAAUAUCUUCUCUGGUUUACAGCCCUUGUUGUCUUGAUCAUUGGAUUUUUGUUUGGCUUGAUUAAGCUAUCAUAUGUAGACCGGCAGCUACAUUGAUAUGCUCUGGUGUUGUGAUAUUUGCUUGGGCAACUUACAACCUCAUUCAUCAAAAUAUCAGAUUCUUUUAGCACAGGAAAAGUCAACUUCCAAUGGUGAUCUUUAUAUAAUGUGAGAGAUGUAUGCUUGACGUUGCUUACUGCAAUGCUUGCAAAAAUUGUGCUGCUUCGCACGGCAGAAGCAUCUUCGACUGGAGGAGAUGUGAAUGAAAGGAGUAGCAGCCGAUGGACAUUGUCAUUAGGAAACAAGGAACCAGGUGCUCUCAUUCUCAUUCCUAUGCAGGCUAUGAAUCGAACAUGAUAUAGUGGAAACUUGAGCCACAAUUCUGUAACACUAAAACCGUGAAGUUCUUAAGCUGCUACUAUGUGUUCUGGAGGUCUCACAAGAUGUUUUUUCUUAUCUUUAGUCAUUGGAAUUGGACUAGUGUUUCUCUUGCAUAGUUGAUCUUGAACACUGAGAAUGUCGACAUAUUAAGGGACAAGAGUUUACCUUAUAGCAUGUCUAUAGGAAUGUCAUAUUAUAUAUUUAUAAUUGUACUUUAUAGCAGCAAUGUUGUAAACAAAUUGUGAAUUUUACAAGUGGAUUUUGUGGAUUUUCUUA